ACAGCUGCUGCAUUAAAAGAAGCUGUGCGGACUUACUACAACAGUGCUGCAGGCACUGAGAAGCUCAAAAUAUCAGGGAAGUAUGAGGCAAAGUGUGUUCAGCAGCGUCGGAGAAACCGAUUGAAGCGGAAAUUGACUGCUCGACAGGUUGCGCUGGAGAAAUCAACCUCUACAUCUGCCAAAGGCAAACAAAGGUGGAGGGAAUGUCUUGUGGAGGAGUUAAUUAGCAGUGAAGACAGUGAGGAAGAUGGUUCUUUUCUGAUUCGUCCUCUACCAUGGAGGUCGGAAAAGUCGACAAGUUCAUUAUUCUUGGAUCAGAAGCUCAAUAAGAAAGGUCCAAGAAGAGCAAGAUGAUGACUUGGAAGUGAAGGCAGGUCCAGAGGUCUCACCGUUGCAAAGCCUCCUACCGGGUCAGUGCCUACAUGGGCUGUCCGUUCGUAAAAAAUUAUCAUUCCAUCAUUUUGGCAACUCGUGUAUCACUUUUGAAACCUAUUUAACUCUCAAAGAAAUUCUAUAUUGACAUGAAACACCAUGAUUUAUGAAGAUGAUUUUCUUAAUUUCUUUUUGAUGAAA